AUGGUGCCCAAGCUCCACCAGCAUGUCCUGGCCUUGGUGUUUGCUGCAAACAACAUCAACAAGAAUCCUAGAAUCUUGCCCAAUGUCACUCUUGGGUUCCACAUCUGUGACAACUACUAUGAUACGAGAAUGACAUAUCGCAGUACUUUUGAUUUGCUCUUCAAAUCGCAAAGAUAUUUUCCAAACUAUGAAUGUGAUACAUACAAAAAUCUAGUAGCCAUCAUUGGGGCAUUGAGCUCUGAGACCUCAUUCCACAUGUCAGACGUCUUAAGCCUCUACAAGAUUCCACAGGAGCCAGUGGCCAUCAGUGAAACAUGUACUGGGGAGGAGAGGCUGGAGAAUCUUCCUAGUUCCUUUUUUGAAAUGAGCAUGACUGGCCACAGCUACAGCAUUUACAAUGCAGUCUAUGCCAUAGCACAUGCUAUUCAUGUGCUGUACUCAUCCCGAUUCAAUCACAGGGCAACUGAUGGUGGUAAAAUAAUGGAACUUCAAGAUCUCCAGCCUCAACAGGCAGUGCCCCUAUCUAUGUGCAAUGAUUACUGCAACCCUGGCUUUCAUAAGAAAAAGAAGGAAGGGGAGACCUUUUGCUGCUACGAUUGUGUGCACUGCCCAGAAAUGGAGAUUUCAAGUCAAAAGGAUAUGGAUGAUUGCAUCAAAUGCCAAAGCGAUCAAUAUCCAACCAAGGGCAAAGAUGGCUGCCUUCCCAAAACAAUAACUUUCCUCUCUUUUGAGGAACCCUUAGGAAUAAGUUUGGCUUCUGCAGCAGUUUCUUUAAUGUUUGUCACAAUAAUUAUUUUAGGAAUUUUCAUUAAGCAUAAAAAUACCCCCAUUGUUAAAGCCAACAACCGAGAUAUCACCUACAUACUUCUCAUUGCUCUUUUGUUCUGCUUCCUCUCUGCUUUGUUAUUUCUUGGCCAACCAACAAAGGUCACCUGCUUCCUCCGCCAAUCUGCUUUCAGCAUCAUCUUCUCAGUAGCUGUUUCUUGUGUGUUGGCCAAAACCAUCACUGUGGUUGUAGCUUUCAUGGCCACCAAACCAGGGUCCAACAUGAGAAAGUGGGUGGGGAAAAGACUGACCAACUCAGUUGUCUUUUCCUGCUUCCUCAUUCAAGCAGCCAUUUCUUUGGUAUGGUUGGGAACCUCACCACCAUUCCCAGAUUUUGACACCCACUCACUGACUGAAGAGAUCAUAGUAAAAUGCAAUGAAGGAUCUGUCACAAUGUUUUAUAUUGCUCUGGGCUACAUGGGGUUUCUGUCCCUCAUCAGCUUGACUGUGGCUUUCCUAGCCAGGAAGUUGCCGGAUAGUUUUAAUGAAGCCAAGUUCAUCACGUUCAGCAUGCUGAUCUUUUGCAGUGUUUGGGUCUCUUUUGUUCCAACCUAUCUGAGCAGCAAAGGGAAAUCCACGGUAGCCGUGGAGAUCUUCUCUAUCUUGGUGUCCAGUGCUGGGUUACUAGGCUGCAUCUUUUCUCCAAAAUGCUAUAUUAUUUAUUUUAGACCAGAGUUAAACAGGAGACAGGACCUAAUAAGGCGAAAAAAUAAUAAGGUUCAUUGGUUCGAAAUGAGAGAGUAUAAUAAAUAUUGUGAUCUCAUUUUGGGUGGUCUUCUUUAUCAACUCUGCUUCACCUCCAUAGCAAAAAACUUCACCAGUGAACCUUCACGGCCACAAGCUGAGCCUAUGGUUGCAAUGACCCAGAACUACCAGCAUAUUUUGGCCAUGGUUUUUGCAGUAAAGGAGAUCAAUGAAAAUCCCAGGCUCUUGCCCAAUGUCACCUUGGGUUUCCGCAUCUAUGACAGCUACAUGAUUGCAAGGUGGACCUAUCAAGCCACAUUGCAACUUCUUUCUCCCUGGAACAGGCUGGCCCCCAACUACAGGUGCAACAUCAAAGACAACUUAUAUGCGAUAAUUGAAGGACUUGCCGCAGCAACAUCCUAUAUGAUUCCGAGUGUUUUGGCCAUGUACAAAAUUCCUCAGGUAACGGGGAAUUUAAGUACACAGGCCCAGCAGCUGCUGUUACAGGUGCUACUGCAGUCCCUCUCCUCAUCAAGGACUGACAUUUUGUCUCUGAUCGACUCCUAA